UGGCAUCCUGUACUCAUUCCCAGCUCACACCCCAAGCCCGCGAUCUUCAAUCGACUCUGGGAACUGACUGAGCUCGACAAAUUUGACCAUCUUCAGUGUUGAUUCCAGCCUUCCCAACCCAGCCAUGUCAUUCCGCAGUCCUUUCGCAAUUCCCCGGCGGGUAUGGAGCAGUGCCGGAACCUCCGCCAUGCGGCCAAUGCCUCGCAGUUGUCUGGCUUUCGGCAGCAACCAAAGAUACGGCAUGGCGACGGCUGUACCUCCAGUCACACAGGAUGCGACAGGGUCGAAAGGUCCCACUGCGAUGGUUUUCCUGAACAUGGGUGGUCCUUCGACAACGGCCGAGGUGGAGGAUUUCCUCGGCAGGCUAUUUGCCGAUGCCGAUCUCAUCCCACUGGGACGAUUCCAGACAUACCUCGGACCUCUCAUUGCGCGCCGACGGACCCCGAAGAUCCAGAAGCAGUAUGCAGAGAUCGGUGGUGGCUCACCAAUCCGCAAGUGGUCCGAGUACCAAUGUGAGGAGAUGUGCAAGCUGUUAGAUAAGAUGUCCCCGGAGACCGCUCCUCACAAGCCCUACGUCGCUUUCCGUUACGCCGCUCCCUUGACCGAGACCAUGUAUAACCAGAUGUUGGCCGAUGGCUUUGGAAACGGCAAGGGAGGUCGCGCGGUGGCGUUCACGCAGUACCCUCAGUACUCUUGCUCCACAACUGGAAGCUCGCUCAAUGAACUAUGGAAGUGGCGUAACCGUCUGGAAGGAAAGCGUGCUGAUAAUGAGGUCGAGCCUGCUGGUACCAUCGAGUGGAGCGUCAUCGACCGGUGGCCCACCCACUCGGGCCUUGUUGAAGCAUUUGCACAGAAUAUUGAGGCGCAAUUGAAGACCUACCCUGAGGAGAAGCGAAAGGAGGUUGUGCUGCUGUUCUCUGCUCACAGCUUGCCCAUGGAUGUCGUCAACCGCGGUGACCCCUACCCAGCUGAAGUUGCUGCCACUGUCCACGCCGUUAUGCAGCGCCUGAAGUUCAGCAACCCCUACCGCCUCUGCUGGCAAUCUCAGGUUGGCCCUAAGGCAUGGCUCGGAGCCCAGACUCAGGAUACCGUGAUGGAAUACGUUAAGCGUGGCCAGACCGAUCUGAUUCUCGUGCCGAUUGCGUUCACUAGCGAUCACAUCGAGACUCUGUAUGAGUUGGACUUGGAGGUCAUGCACGAAGCCAACAGCCCUGGAGUCAAGCGCGCUGAAAGCUUGAACGGCAACCCAGUCUUCAUACAGGCCUUGGCCGAUAUUGCCCAUGCACACUUGAAGAAGGGCGAACCUUGCUCCGCCCAGAUGACUCUGCGCUGCCAAGGUUGCAAGAGCGAGCGAUGCUUGGAGUCGAAGAAGUUCUUUGCCGGCAAGCAGCAUGGUUCGCUGGUCAGGUGAAAACUGAAUACUCCCCUCAUUUAAUACUGUCUCUCCACAUCAAUUUUCGGGUUAUGUACAUAGUUUCUGGGGAAAUGGGUCAAGGAGUUUUAAGGUCAUAAUCUGGGCUCAUGUACAUUACAGCGGAUCUUAUGGUUCUCCCUGGGAAAAUCAUAAAACCCAAAGUAAAUAAAGGUUCAAACCACUACGAUGGAUCGAUGACUGCAUCACUUCCGCAGAGGAAAAGCGGAGUCCGGAGAUUCCGGAGUAAAGCGCUUAUCAAGAGGCAAGUGGAGUUUGAAGCUCCGGGACCCGAAAGCCUGCUUUUGCUUGAUAAGCUCACAUUCUCCCCCUCAUCCCGAAGUUCCCUGUUGUGGACG